AUGCAAGAGUCGCGGAGUUUUGCCGAGGUGGUCGCCGGAGGGGCGCCCGUUAGCCCGGCCGAGCUGGGCGGCGGCAGCACCACCGGCGGCGUCGCAUUUAACUUGAGCGCCACGACCGACGCGACGCUGCUGGUGGGCGCCCCGACGGACUCCGCCCCGCUCGGGGGGGCGGGCCCGUUGCCGAUAGUCCGACCCCCGGGCGGGGAGAGUUACGCCGACGCCGUAAAGUCGCGGAGCGUGAAACUGAACGGUGUCCCGGUGAACGUUGGGAAGGUGCUUGGCUACGUGGAGUCGCAGACGAACUCAACGCUGCAGGAGCAGGAGUCUGUGCUGUCAUCCUGGGCUGACGACGAUCAGUGCUUUUUCGACUCCAUACGCAUUGCGCACGAGGAGGCCGAGAAGAAAAAAGAGACGGAGCGGCUGCAGCAGGGGAAAGGCACCGGCCAGGCUGAGGGCUGUUUUAGGCAAAAACGCUCUGCACGGGGGUGGCGCUUCAUCGGCGGCGGCGGCGAAAGCAACAACAACAACAACUCUGGCAGGCGACACAAGGGCCCCUACAACAACCAUAAUAAUAACAAACACUACUACCACAACGCCUUUCAAAAGGCGGGUGGCACUGAGCCGCCAAAUCUUUCCGGUGGGCGCUUCGCUUCGCUGCGUUAA